GAAUCAUCCCUUGGGAGACAAUCAGCCAACAUGUCGAAAAUCUCUGUCGCCGGCGUUCGCACGAAUGUCAAGGAGCUCCUUGAGUACUCCAACGAGACCAAGAAGAGGAACUUCCUCGAGACCGUCGAGCUCCAAAUCGGCCUCAAGAACUACGACCCCCAGCGUGACAAGCGUUUCUCUGGAACCGUCAAGCUCCCCACCGUUCCCCGUCCCCGCAUGGCCAUCUGCGUUCUCGGUGACCAGCACGAUAUCGAUCGUGCCAAGCACCACGGCGUCGAUGCUAUGUCCACCGACGACUUGAAGAAGCUCAACAAGAACAAGAAGCUCAUCAAGAAGCUCGCACGCAAGUACGAUGCUUUCAUGGCUUCCGACGCCUUGAUCAAGCAGAUCCCCCGUCUCUUGGGUCCCGGUCUGUCCAAGGCCGGAAAGUUCCCCACUCCCGUCUCUCACGCUGAGGACCUCGCCAACAAGAUGACCGAGGUCAAGUCCACCAUCAAGUUCCAGCUGAAGAAGGUUCUCUGCAUGGGUGUCGCUGUCGGCAACGUCGGCAUGACCGAGGAUGAGCUGAUCGGCAACAUCAUGUUGGCCAUCAACUACCUCGUCUCUCUCCUGAAGAAGGGCUGGCAGAACGUGGGCUCCUUGACCAUCAAGGCCACCAUGAGCCCCCCCAAGCGCCUCUACUAGAGCGUUGUCGUCUGGGUUGCUGGGUUCGUCAAGUCACGCUGCAGCGGGCUCUUGAAAGAUGGCCUGUUCUGGUAACGAUCUAACGGAAUCACGAUCUCGAAUGGAUGAAGGAUGGGCAGUAAUGUAGCUUUAAAUGGCAUAUGUGAACCCUGUCACCUAAA